CAUUCGAUGGUUAGAAAUUACCAAAUAACAAUUAUUUAAUUCCAGCUCGCCCUGCUCCGGUUCCCCUCGGACUGCUCUUGCCUUUCGACUCUUUCUCUCCUCUCUUCUCCUGUUCAUCUUACUCUCUCCUCUCUUCCUGCUUCACCCUCUGGCAUUCUCACGCAGUGGUGUUUACCCUUGAUUCGUUUUUUUAUUAUCUUUCCUCCUCUAUUCAGUUCUGCGCGUCCAGGAACUUACAAUCAUGUCGGACGCUUCCAAGCCCUCGGUGGUGCUUGAGGCCCACGAGGUCGACACCUUCCACGUCCCCAAGGCGUUCCACGACAAGCACCCGACCGGAACCCAUCUGAAGGACCUCGACGAGUACCAGAAGCUCUACGAUGAGUCCAUCAAAAGCCCCGACACUUUCUGGGCUCGUAUGGCUCGCGAGCUCCUCACCUUCGACCGUGAUUUCCAGACCACUCAUUUCGGUUCCUUCGAGAACGGCGACAACGCCUGGUUCGUCGAGGGUCAGCUGAACGCUUCCUACAACUGUGUUGACCGUCACGCCCUGAAGAACCCCGACAAGGUCGCCAUUAUCUACGAGGCCGACGAGCCCAAUGAGGGCCGCACCAUCACGUACGGUGAGCUGCUGCGCGAGGUCUCCCGCGUGGCCUGGGUGCUCAAGCAGCGCGGUGUCAAGAAGGGUGACACCGUCGCCAUCUACCUGCCUAUGAUUCCCGAGGCUGUGAUUGCUUUCCUGGCCUGCUCCCGUAUUGGCGCCGUGCACUCCGUUGUCUUUGCUGGUUUCUCCUCCGACUCCCUCCGGGAUCGUGUGAUCGACGCCCAGUCCAAGGUCGUCAUCACCACCGAUGAGGGCAAGCGUGGCGGUAAGGUUAUUGGUACCAAGCGCAUUGUCGACGAGGCUCUGAAGCAGUGCCCCGAUGUCACUACCUGCUUGGUCUACAAGCGCACUGGCACCGAGGUCCCCUGGACCACCGGCCGCGAUUUGUGGUGGCACGAGGAGGUCGAGAAGUACCCCAACUACCUCGCUCCCGAGCCCAUGAACUCCGAGGACCCUCUGUUCCUUCUCUACACUUCCGGUUCUACCGGUAAGCCCAAGGGCGUUAUGCACACGACCGCUGGUUACCUGCUCGGUGCGGCCAUGACCGGUAAAUACGUAUUUGAUAUCCAUGAGGAUGACCGUUACUUCUGCGGUGGUGAUGUCGGCUGGAUUACCGGUCACACCUACGUUGUCUACGCGCCUCUGCUCCUUGGUUGUGCGACUGUUGUUUUCGAGAGUACUCCCGCUUACCCCAACUUCUCCCGUUACUGGGACGUUAUUGACAAGUACGAUGUUACCCAAUUCUACGUUGCUCCUACUGCCCUGCGUCUGUUGAAGCGCGCUGGCGAUGAGCACAUUCACCACAAGAUGAAGUCUCUGCGCAUUCUGGGCUCUGUUGGUGAGCCCAUUGCCGCUGAGGUCUGGAAGUGGUACUUUGAGUCUGUUGGCAAGGAGGAGGCCCACAUUUGCGAUACUUACUGGCAAACCGAGACUGGUUCUAACGUGAUCACUCCUCUGGGCGGUAUUACCCCUACCAAGCCCGGCAGUGCCUCUCUUCCCUUCUUCGGCAUUGAGCCUGCGAUUAUUGAUCCCGUCUCCGGCGAGGAGAUUACUGGUAACGACGUCGAGGGUGUCCUUGCCUUCAAGCAGCCCUGGCCCAGCAUGGCCCGCACCGUUUGGGGUGCGCACAAGCGUUAUAUGGAUACGUACCUGAAUGUGUAUAAGGGUUACUACUUCACCGGAGAUGGCGCUGGUCGCGAUCACGACGGUUAUUACUGGAUCCGUGGCCGUGUUGACGAUGUUGUCAACGUUUCUGGUCACCGUCUAUCUACUGCUGAGAUCGAGGCUGCCCUUAUCGAGCACCCCAUGGUCGCUGAAGCCGCUGUCGUUGGUAUCGCUGAUGAGCUGACUGGCCAGGCUGUCAACGCCUUCGUAGCCCUCAAGGAUGGAAAUGAGACCACCGACCAGGUGCGCAAGGAUCUGGUCAUGCAGGUCCGCAAGUCCAUUGGUCCCUUCGCUGCCCCCAAGGCUGUGUUUGUGAUCGAUGAUCUCCCCAAGACCCGCAGUGGUAAGAUCAUGCGCCGUAUUCUGCGCAAGAUCCUCAGCGGUGAGGAGGACAGCCUGGGUGACACUUCCACCCUGUCUGAGCCUGGUGUUGUGGACAAGAUCAUUGCCACUGUCCACGCCGCUCGUGCCAAGUAAAAAUCUGGAUCCAUGAAUUGAUGAUAAUGAUGCUUCAGAAGAGUCUGCCCUUUUUUGAAAAUUCUUCUUGGGCUGCUGAUUGAUAUUUCUUCCUUCCCUCAUCGCGUCUCGGGCUGCUCGUGAUCUGGGUAUGCGAGAUUGAUAUAUUUCCCCUUUUUUCUGCUUGUAUUUGAGAUUCCCUGGUCUGUCCAUCCAGCUGUGUUGUGAAUAUUAUUAUGCAUCUGGAUUAUAAUGACUAUGUCCUGCAUAUUGGGUGUAGUAUGUAGUAGAUUGUCCGUAUUGUUGGCCUCUUAGAC